AUGCGGGUAAGGCCUGUUCUUUCUCAAUAUUUUGACAUUGGGGAUUGUGAUUGUGUUUGCAAGUUUUGUGGAGCAUAUUUCUGGCUUUCUGAAAAGAGCAUGAAGCUAUCUGCACCUCAUCGUCCGAGAUAUAGUCGUUGUUGUAAGUCUGGUGAUGUUAUUCUGCCCUAUACUUCUAAGCUUCCACCUGAAUACAUGUCUCUUUUUCGUAAUGAUAGUUUUUUGAGGGACAUUAGAGCUUAUAAUAGUAUGUUCUCUAUGACUUCUUUUAGAGAUAAUGUGGAUGAUGAAGUAAAUGAUAGUUGUUGUCCUUAUGUUUUCAAGAUUUCAGGCCAGAUUAGUCAUAGGAUCGGUUCGCUCUCCCCGGAUGCUGUAAAGGGGCCUAGAUUUCUCCAGUUGUAUCUUUAUGAUACAGAUAAUGAAGUUCAGAACAAGUUGAUAUCGUUUCAAAAUCCUCGGACAAAUGUUCUAGACGAGGGCAUUGUUAGGGUUCUGGUGUCCUUUUUAAGAAACAAUAAUGCAUAUGUGCGGAUUUUUAAGACUGCAAAAUAG